AAGAAAACAGAAGGAACAUCGAAGAGACCGCCAUAACCAUACACCUUUCCCUCAUCAUUCAAAUCAAUUUAACCAUAUAUAGUUAAAAAAACGACACCGUAGAAUCUCUCAACUGAAUUAACUACCAGCAUGUCUGUGCCAUGCUUUAUUUCACAAAGCUUUUACUACAACAAGCCAUCAAAUGCAGUGAUGGUAAUCAGUUCAUCUUCAAAACCAAAUAAUAUCUCUAAAACUCAAGUCCAGAAACGUUGCUUGAGGUGUAAUACUCUGUAUUUUGAUACACGUAAUUAUCCUACGGCUUGCUCUUUCCAUGGCCACACUACAGGUGAUAAGGGAUUAUUUUCAUUGGCUCCACCGCACCAAGGGAUUGACGGAGAAUGGUCUGAUCGUUCGGGGGUGAUUGUCUAUAAAUGGAAUGAAAAGACUAAUAGACCAAAUACUGGACGUGCCAAUUGGAAGAAAAGAUGGAGUUGCUGUGCUGAGUACGAUGAAAAUGCUCCGCCUUGUCGAAAGGGAUGGCAUGUUUCUUAUGAUGAUGGCUUCACUUUGUACUAAUCCGGGUUGGCUUGAAUCUUAAUUUCGCAGCGUAAGGAAUAAAAUAAGAAUCACUUGCUGGUUCUGUAAAUUGUGGUAGGCAGUUAUGCAGAGUUUUGAUGAAAUGGGAAUAUAUGCAUCAAGGUUGCUUGGGUAGAUGUCACUCUUUGGAUUCUUAGAACCCAUAAUUGUUCGAGCUGAUUCUUCGAAACAAAUCAAAUAUUUUGUGUACAAAUAACUUUGUUGUGUUAAGGUCGCUCACAGUCCUGUAAACAUUCGACAAAUAUCAAGCUAGUUUCCAGGUAGUCCAUGGUUAGACAGUGUAUGCAGAUGGGAGAAAAUAAAGAUAGAGAAUAGAAUAACAUAAUAGAAUGCAUACAAUUAGUCCAUAAGUCUGUUGACAUAAUUUUAAUUUGAUGACAUUCUCCUUAUUAAUUUUAAUUUGAUGUGGAGUUGUAUUUUUCA